AUGGAUUUCACCAUCACCUCGAUCACCAUCGACCUCUCCCGCCGUCCUUCUCCCACCCGCGUCCGCGCCGCAGCAGUCUACCUCUCCGGCCUCCACGCCUCGCACCACCUCCGGCUCCACGACCCCAACGAGGACACGCGCGUUUUUCACGUCGAGCACGCGCUCAGGCCUGAAGCGACCGAAGCGCAGCACAUCGAGUACGUAGAUACCAGCUCCAGCAGCGCAACAACCUCCACCGGCGCGACCACUCCCAGCGGCAUGAGAACUCCCGGCGCCGACACCGACAGCGCCAGCAUAGCCAGCGAUGCCAGCAGCGCCAGCAACGCCAGCCCCACCCCCUCCUCGCCCUCCAGCACCGCUCCCAACCCCCCAACAUCGCCCCGCCUGCCCGCCUCAUUCACCAUCCCGCCCGCCAAGCCUCCAAAGGGCCCCCACGUCACAUCCGCCGCCGACACCACGCCCGGCGGGCGCGCCCAUACGUGGCUUCCGAUGAGGGAGCGGGUCAAGGCCGAGAGGUUGGCCAUGGCUGAGCGCGUCGCGCGGCGCGCUGCUAUCGAGGCACAGGGAGGGCCGGCACGGUCGACGUACAGGUUCGAUAGCUUGGUGAAGGGGCCUUGGCAGAAGCAGUUCGUGGGGCCGUCGGUGGAGGAGGACUACUUUUCGUUGGAGGGGGUUGCGGGCCCGUCGGGGACGAGUGUGGGUCCGUCGGGGACAACGGCGGCUGAUGCGCAGGGGGAAGCUGCGCAUGGAGGAGAUUCUGACGAGGAGAGUAGCGAGGGCCCUUCGGAUGGCAGCGAUUACCCUUCGGAUUUGUCGUCAGCGGUGGAGGCUGGUCCGAGCAGAGAUGGUGGGAGGCCGGGGACGCCACAUCCGAGGGUUGGUAGAUUGGAGAGGGAUAAGGAUAGUCUGAGCUUUAGGAUUGAGGAGUAG